GAGAGGCCUCGGGAACAGGCUUCUUUCUCUCUUGCUUAUUUUUCCCCUCUUGCUCUCUGUCUCUGUCUUUUCCUUUCUGUUUCUCUCUUUCCUCCACUGGUUUAUGGUCUGCUUCUUUCUCCUUCACACUCCCAACUUAUCUUUGUGCUUCUGCUUAGAUAACGGUGCUCAUGGUUGUUUUCCUGCCUGUGCCCUUUAUUAGAUGUGUUCACACUGAUAAGAAAAAAAUAUAUAUCAUUUUAAAUAUGAAGACUUCCUCAUUGUGUUUCUCUAUAGCAUUUAGAAUUCAAUUAAAGCCUGCAGUUGAAUGUACCAGACUAGAACUCGCGCUUGUCUGUGAGAAAUGGCUCCAGACCAGUAUGUAAAAAUGCCCAGUGAGAAUUGAGCUUGUCACUCGAGUAGUGUGAGUAAAACUGAAACUUCGGCGUAUAAUAUGCACGCCGUUAGUCCGAUAUGGACCCUCUAUGGCCAAGAAUGCUACAUAUACACUUAUGGCACAAGCAGCUGAGCUUUUCUUUAUGUUUAAAAUGUUUGUACGAUACGUUUUACUCCAAAUUCAUGAAAAUUCUCCUCUUCUUUGUAAACAGAAUCAGGCUUGCAAGUCACAUGUGAAGUGAAAGUCAUGCAGUACACAAAGCAGGUAUUUUCAAAACAUGGAAAGUCUCUGUGUUUUCAAUAACCUAAAAAUUUACCACCUAAAAACUAUCUGCAUUUUGGAAAUACCAGUAUUACAGUAGUACAGCAUUCCCAUGUGACUUAAAAACCCAAGUGUGUUUGCAGAGAAGAGACGUUUCAUGAACCUGGCAAGCUUAAUCAUGUGUCAUGAAACAUUAUGCAUGAACUGGGUAAUUGUCAAUAUGCUAUGCAGGGAAUGUUUGUGACAGAAUGCUGAGGAAAGGUGUUGCAAAUAAGUUGCAUUCAAACCUGUUUUUUCUUCUGUGAGACUUUGGUUUAUUUCUCCAAAGUCAUUAGCAACGCCAUAUCGCCAACUUCCUGAUGUUGCUUCUUGUCAGACUUUCAUCCUCUAGUCAUUGAGUCAUUGCUAUUGCAAGUUAGCGAUUUAACUAGCAGCUAAAUGGCAAAGCAUCAAGUUGGACUCCACGGGCAGUUUGUUUGUUUAUUUUAUUAAUGAGAAAUUGUACAACUGUACAAAAGCAUUUGUACCAUACAUACAGUGAAACUGAAAGGGAAUGUGGUAUGUAGUUACAAGCUUGAGGAAUAACUGAAAAGCACAGAUGUUUGAUUACUCAUAAAAUAUCCAAAACUGUUAUGAUGUUUUAUGUUGCAAGUUAGUAAUUAAUGUUUUAACCAGAUAUUAUAUUAACCUUUAACAGAUAUUAUAUUAACCCUCUGCCCAAUCCCACCCCUUUUUCCAAUUGUCACGCUGUUGUAUCGCUCUCUGUCUGUCUGACUCUUGCUGCUCUCUCCACAGCACUGUACUAUAACAACAUGGCAGCUCCUGAGAUGGGCUGUAAAUCUGAUAUUGUAGACUCUCACCCCAGUGGAGGCUCAGAAUGCUAAUAUGAUGACAGCUUGCGGGCCAAUGUCAUGGCAACAAAGCUACGAUCUGAUAUAUGUUGGGUAAAGGAGCAAAGCGGAAGCUAGAUGAGGAUGAUGAGGGAGUGGAAGGCAAAGCGCUGGCGAUGACUGAUGGCCUCUCCAAGGUCUCAUACACUCUGCAGAGGCAGACCAUCUUUAACAUCUCACUGAUGAAGCUGUACAGUCAACGAACGCUGGCUGAGCCGAGCCUGGAGAAGCGCGUGCUCAUCAACAACAUGUUGCGGCGCAUUCAGGAUGAGCUGAAGCAGGAGGGCAGCCUGCGGCCACUCUUCUUUCCUCCCUCACCUCCUCCAGACCACCCAAUGGAUGAGGGAUUCCGGGAAGCACAGCCUGCUUUUGGUGUACUGUCUGUGGUGGCUCCACCCCCUGUGCUAUCCCAGCAGUCCCCAGUCUCACCUCCGUCCCCGGCUCUAGCCAGCUCCACGCCGCUGGAUGCUUGCCUCACCCCGGCUUCUCUGCUGGAAGAGGACAGCGCUGUAUUUUGCACUUCUCCCUCUUCACUCCAUCAUUCUCCAUCCAGACUCCGCCCCCCUAUGGCCACUGACAGCUUCUCCUCGGCCCUGGAUGAAAUCGAGGAGCUAUGUCCAUCAUCCACAGCGGCAGGGUCUAUCACUACCUCCUCACUCACCGUGCCCCUUCCCAUGCCCCUUCAGCCCUCCAGCCAGCCCACCACAGCCUCAGACUCCAAAAACUGCACCAAAUCCUGCAGCUCAAAGCCAGAGGGGCCGAGCCCACUAGCUGUGGAGCGGUCAAUAACAGGUACAGCAGGUACAGCAGCUACUGAGCCCAGAGGAGUGGACAUUCUCCCUACAAGUGGCUUGGACAUGAGCACUUUGCCAUCCUCCUCUUCUUCCUCAGGCUUUCUCACCGAUCUGGCCCUGGACGAUAUUCUGUUUGCUGACAUUGACACCUCCAUGUAUGAUUUUGACCCAUGCACCUCGGCAGCAGGGGCCUCCCCAUCCAAACUAUCGCCUGUGGUGACGGCUGAUGACCUCAUCAAAACUUUAACCCCCAACCAGCCUUUCAAAAUGGACCUCACUGAGCUCGACCACAUCAUGGAGGUGCUGGUAGGAUCGUGACCACGUUUGACUGGGAAUGCAAAAAUAAAUAAUUUUUUAGAUACAAAUAAAAAAAAAACCUUAAAGACUUAUCUCCAUGGGUGUUUUGUACAGUUUUUAUUUUUAAGGCAAGGCAAUUGUUAUAAUGAGUGGUGAUGUCACCCAGUACUACUUUUCAACACUGUGCAUGCACUGUGCUCGCCUUUCCAAAUAUAAACAUGAAGGAACACACUUGGCUUCUGUCAGAUUCGAGUGCCUUCAUCAAAAAUGACCACUUGGUAAAUUCCUGUCUUUUUUUUUAUUAUUAUUGUCUGUAUUUAAUUUCUCAAGUAAGCAGAGAAGGAGUAGCAGUUCUUUUUUCCCCCCUCCUCAGCGUACAGGUGCAAGAAUGUGCUUAACCAAGUCUAUUUUCGUAUAACUCUCAUUUUCAUAAAGCACAACAAAUUUAAAAGAGGAACUUGGUUUAUGUGCUUCUUUAGUGUUAUUGUUCAUAUGAUAAUAUUAUAAAGAAAUAUUUAAGUGAAUUCUCUUUAGAUUUAAUCUUGUGAAAUAACUUUUACUCUUUAGUAUGAAAUGGACAUGCUUUACCCCAACUGAUGUAUUUAUAUAUGAGCUUUGGUAUGAGAUUUACCUUUAAAAAAAAUUUCACAUGAUUUGCAGUGACGAUUUGGUUCAGGCAAUAAGUGCAAACUGUGCAUUUCAUUUAAUGUGACAAGGAGUUCUGUUCCUCUUCAGAAAAAAAGUCAAGGUUAAGUCCCUUUAUGUGAUGCAAAUACCCAGAACUACAGCCUUCUUUAUUUUCAGGUUUCCAAAAAAAUUUUUUUACAUUUAUAUUAUUUUUAAAAUGUAAUUUCCUGUUUAAAAAAAAAAAGACACUAACUAAUAGUAACGGCCUGUAUGUGCCUGGUAAUGCAAUUUCAUUAAUUUCAUAAUUUAUGACAUCAAUAAACAAAAUUAACAAUGAUUUAAAAAAAUAAUCAAAAUCAAAAACUAAACAUUUUCUACUUCUAUCAUUGGCAUCAUGUUUCCUUGUUUUAUGAGCAUUUCACUCAAGCCCUCGUUGUCAGCGGUACAUUAUUCAUAUUGCAUGCAAGAAUACAUCAUAACUGUACAAAAGCAAGCUGUAGGAUUUUAAGCAAGUGGGUUUUAUUUGACCUUAUUCAUGCCAUUGGUUAAGUUUUGCCGAUGGUCACCGUGUCCUGUCUCGGCACUUUGUUGUCUCUCUUGACAGUUUUGGACCAUUAGAAAUGGUCAGAACGAUUGGGGACAUAAACAUUGGAGACUUUGAAUUUAAAGCAUGCAUAAGUGAUGCUUAUCCACUUUUAUGGUUCAACUUACCAGAGGAGAUUUUUCUCGUUUAUAUUUCUGAACGUUUGCAUUACCAGCCUUGAUUCCAUGGUUAAAAAGCCUGUGUGUGCACCAAUAGGCAGCAGAUUCCUUCAGCAUUGAAACCCACUUCAAACCACUUAAUGCAAUCAGACUGGAUGUAGGGGAUUUAGACUUUGUGUUUUCAGUUCAUUUCUGACUAAUCACAUCAUACAUGUGCAAAGGGACCAUUUUUCAUAUCAGCUGCUUAGUAUUAUAGACCUGUUUACUGGAGAGUGCUGUUAAUCAGUGAUGACUUUGUAACAAAUAUCAUUUCCCGUCACAGAUUUCAAGAGCAUGUUAGCUUCUUAGCAUAGAUUCACACAGGCAUUAUCAGACAGUGAACUGUAAUACUGGUUCUUUACUAGUGUGACCAUUUUAGCUAUGGGAUAUCAAAAUUUCUAUUUACAGAGCAGCCUUCAGUGGGAGUAAUGGAUCACAUCCUAUAGUGCUCAAGAGAUUAUAUAAGAAUUUGAAAAGAUGAUGAUCAGGAGUAUAUAAAGCCAAGCAGGCAAUACUAUUCAUUAAUAAUUAUAAUUACUGAUUAUUUUAAGUUGUUUGGAUUUGGAGUGAUUUUUGUUUUAAAUUAUUUAUUUUUCAUUUCCUGUGUAAAUAUAUUUAUUUUGAUGUGAAUCUACCAUCUGGAUUGUAAUGUGUACAGAAUGUAUGGUAGGAAUGUACUUUGCUUAUAGGAAUGUAUUAUACAAUGAAUUGGGUUGGAAGCCAUCUUUUUUUUUCUGUUUUGAAACUGUAUUGUUUUUGUUUCUGUUUUGUUUCCUAUAUUAUAAUUUUUGGGGUGGUGUUUGUGGCAGUGUUUAAGUCUACACUCCCUACCCCUGUUUAAAUAUGAGUAUUUAAUGUCUAUGUACUUCAGUGUGCAAGGGAAAACAUUGUGAAGCAAUACUUUAUUCUCUUCAAAAAACUUCUGAGGUUCAGACUCCAAAGCUUAUUUUUAGGAAAGUCUAUCUAUAACCCUCAAUGCCAAAAUGUAUGAAGAGCAGAAAUGAGUGAUGCCGGUUACUGUUAGUAUAACAUGGUGUCUCCCUGUCUUCAGCCUAUACCCCAGACCGCCUCUUUGGGGAAAUAUAACGAGUUCAGUGGUUUUUGAGAGAGACCACCAGGAGCUGAUGAAGGUUUGUCUGUCUGUGUGUGUUGAAAGGGGUGGGGUGGGGUGGGGUGGGGGCUUCCCUUUUCUGCUCAGUAAGAGAGGCUGUAUUUUUCACAGACCUUGGGAGCUGUGCCUUUUCUAUGCAAUUACCAACAUAUUCAUUUUGAGGAAAACCCACCCACCAACUGAUGAUCACUGUAUUUAAAACAAGGUGUGGACUGUAGAAUAUAUAUAAAAUAUGGACAGGUGUCUAUGAAUUUGAAACAGUCUUACUUUUGUAGUUUUAUAUCAUACAAUAAACUAUUCAAAUUAAAAUGAA